GUUUCCGCACACACAAACCACAACCAACAACAAAACUGACAAGGCAAGCAAGCAAAAGCAAGCAAGCAAGCAAGCAAGACGAUGGAGAGCGAGCAGGAGGCGAGGGUGGCACAGGCGUUUGCCCGGAUCGCAGCGGCGUUUGGCCUGCCACCUGCUGUGAAGGAUGGAGACUUCGAUGCGCUGGUCAGUGCACUGGAGCAGCGUGUGAACACACAACUUGGCGAGGAGGACCCGCCAUCGAACAGCAAAGGCACCACCGCCGCCACAGCAACCACAGAGGCAGCAACAGCAACACGGGAACAAGCAGAGACGCAGCAGGUGCAGCGUGUUCAUGCCAGCUCAGCACAGGCAAAGGCAACGAGUGAACCCGCAGUGGAACCGGCAGCACCAGCAACCGUCAAGAGCGAGGACAUUCAAGUGGAUGUGACGCCCACACAAGCUGCAUCGCAGCCAUCAUCACAGCACCACCAGCAGCAGAAGGAGCCACAAGCACCAGCAGCGCCUGCGGUUGCCAAGACCAACAAGUGCUGCUGCACCUUGCUAUGAUUGCUACUGCACCUUGCUUUGAUUGCUCAACUUCACAUCGCCAACAACACCGUCGCUGGCACCAUCAGCGCCAAAACUUUCCUUCAACUUUGAUCUCGACUCUGUAGCCCCUCUCUGCUUUGUCUUAGACGCCGUGAUGUCUCUUGUUCUUCUGUUGUUACACACUGAACACGGUUGAGCUGUUGCUGUCUUUCACACCUCCAUUUGAAGGCGUGUGCCAAUCAAUGUCUUCUCUGCAACGCGCCCACGCCCUUCCUUCGCCAUUGACUUGGUAUUGGCUACGAUCACUCCAGUUGGCACCGCAAGUGCACCAUCAUUGUAACGUAUCACGCAUA